CCGUGUGGAUAAAUCGGACGAGCCAGGUGCUUUUCAGUUUGGCGUCCAGCAAAAGAAAAAGAGAAAACAUGCUGGUACUCAGAGCUCUGGACUUAAAUUUGAGAAGUGAAGAUCGGAAGCAGUUAACACACGUGAGAGCUCACGAGAGAGGCAGGGUCUGUGUUGGCUUUUGAUGCUGUCACAAAGUUUGUUACUUGCAGAAAAGUUUUUUUUUUUUUGUGCACGUUUUUCGCCUUUCAUGAAAAUAAAAAGGGACUAAUAAGUCACGCCUGCCAUGGACUUAGCUGUCAUACGACAAAAAUCGCUUCUUCUUGAACUUCUCCUCUUCACGUAUUGCUUUUAGAGUGGUACGUUGCAAUGGUGUGAGCAGCGAUCCGAACUUACUGAACAUUUGAAAGAAAAGCUCGUCUGGACGUAAUAAUUGGAGCCGGUGUGCGCAUUUUGCGGGAAAGCAUCACGACUGAUCUAUUUUCCCCGUAUUCUUUACUCACAAGUAACUGGAUGUUUGGUUCAGAUUUGUAAGGAGUAUUUACUUUAAUUACAUUACUGUCCUACACCAGAGAAAUGGAUAAUUCACAAUUUUUUGUAGCUAUGUACGUGCUGGUUUUAUCCCUUGGACUUAGGAUAGAAGAAGGGAUGUGCCAACAUUACUACCUCCUCCGUCCCAUUCCCAGUGACAGUUUACCAAUUGUGGAACUUAAAGAAGACCCGGAUCCUGUCUUUGAUCCUAAGGAAAGGGACCUUAACGAAACGGAACUGAGAAGUAUACUCGGAAGCAACUUUGAUCCUCAUUUUAUGUCAAUAACGCCUCCAGAGGACAAAUACACAGGCAACGAUGACCUGAGUGAUUUGGAACUCCGACAGAAGCCUUCCGGGGCUAUGCCCAGAGAAAUAAAAUCAAUGGAAUUUGACAUACAGCAUGGCAAGAAGCACAAACCGAGUAAAAAACUCAGAAGAAGGCUGCAACAGUGGCUGUGGUCCUAUGCUUUCUGCCCAGUUGUUUAUACAUGGAACGACCUCGGGAACAGAUUUUGGCCACGCUAUGUGAAAGUGGGAAGCUGCUACAAUAAAAGGUCUUGUUCUGUUCCAGAAGGGAUGGUUUGCAAACCUGCCAAAUCGGCCCAUUUUACGAUCUUGAGAUGGAGGUGCCUGCAGCGAAAAGGAGGGCUGAAAUGCACUUGGAUACCAGUUCAGUACCCCAUUAUAUCAGAAUGCAAAUGCUCCUGCCCGAACUGA